ACCUGAUAUAAACAGAUCCCGCAUUUUCUUUGUGAUUUCCUAAUAUUUUUUAGAAACGUGACGUUUUAUUAAAUGUAUAAUUUACUUUGGACAAUAUUGUUUCUUUGUAGUGUUUCUAGUUAAUUUUCUCAUUGUAGCCUGCACCUUCAGAAAAAUUGGUCAGUGAUGGAACACAUGCCAAAGAUCUUUAACGUUUUCCUUGCGGACAAGGCGUUUUGCAGGAAACCUUCAUCUGGUACAUUGCAGUUGACAGGAACACGCAGUGUUUUUACUGAGGAUGCAUCAGGGCUUCGUAAAGAAACAUGGAUCCUGCACAGUUUAGUGUGUCUGGUGGAGAGGCAGGCCCCCAUGGACAGUGGGCACCCACUACGGAUUCACUGCAAGAACUUUCAGGUCCUUCAGUUCAUCAUCCCCCAGGAGACGGACUGCCAUGAAGUGCACAUGUCCCUCUUACGCCUCUCUCAACCAGAGCGAUAUGAAGAGCUCUACUGUUUCUCCUCCAACCCAAAGUCAGACAAAGAUGAGAGCGCCUGCAAGUGGAACUUUAUAGAUGCCAGAGUUGAUUACCAUCGAAUGGGAAUUCCUAAUCAACUAUGGCAUACCACCUCCACUAAUCAAGAUUACAGAGUGUGUGAAACUUAUCCAGCUGACCUCUAUGUACCCAAAUCAGCAACCCUACCAGUUAUCGUUGGGAGCUCAAAGUUUCGAAGCAGAGGUCGUUUUCCCACGCUUUCCUACUACUGCAAAGAAACCCAUGCUGCCCUCUGCCGCAGUAGCCAGCCCCUGUCGGGCUUCAGUGCCCGCUGCCUGGAGGAUGAGCAGAUGCUGGAGGCCAUCAUGAAGUCCAACCCUGGCAGCCAGUUCAUGUACGUGGUGGACACAAGACCAAAGUUGAAUGCAAUGGCAAACCGGGCAGCAGGAAAAGGCUAUGAGAAUGAGGACAACUAUGCCAACAUCAGGUUUCAGUUCAUGGGUAUCGAGAACAUCCAUGUGAUGCGAAACAGUCAGCAAAAGCUCCUGGAAGUGUCUGAGCUUCAAUCUCCUUCCAUGGCGGAUUUUCUCUUGGGCCUUGAGAAUUCGGGGUGGUUGAAACACAUCAAAGCUAUCCUGCUCGCUGGUGUCUUCAUAGCCAAGGCCGUGGCAGUUGAAGGUGUAAGUGUCCUGGUCCACUGUUCGGAUGGUUGGGACAGGACAGCUCAAGUGUGCUCCGUGGCCAGUGUCCUUCUAGACCCCUUCUAUAGGACACUGAAGGGCUUCAUGGUGCUGAUUGAAAAAGACUGGGUCUCUUUUGGACACAAAUUUUCCCACAGAUGCAGUCACCUCCAUGGCGAUCCCAAAGAAGUUGCACCAGUCAUUGACCAGUUCCUGGAGGCGGUGUGGCAGCUGAUGGAGCAGUUCCCCUGUGCCUUUGAGUACAACGAGAGGUUCCUCAUCUCUCUUCAUCAUCACAUCUACGCCUGUAACUAUGGUAACUUCAUCUGCAACAGCCAGAAGGAGAGAAGAGAUGAAAGAAUUCAGCAGAAGACUCACUCCAUUUGGCCUUACCUCUGGGAGAACAAAUCCGAAUUCAUGAAUCCCCUCUACAGGCCAGACCGCAGCCAGUCUCAGGGAGUUCUAUGGCCAAAUACUGCCCCCUACUGCCUCAAGUUCUGGAGGGGCUUGUACAAUCGCUUUGAUAAGGGAGUUCACCCACGCCAGUCUGUGAUUGAUUGCCUGAUGGCCAUUAGAGAGGAAUCCCAACAAUUGGAAGAAGAGCUGAUUCUCCAUGGACAGAGAAUUGCAAAGUUGGAAAAGGAGCGAGGCACGUCCAUGAAGAGGCAUUCGGUUGUGAGCAGCACAGACAUCUGGGUUCAGUCGGACCUGGACCUAGAUCACUUGUGUGGCAGCAUGCGUGCACUUCCUCUCAUCAGCUUUGGUCAACAGAGGGGGUCAGAUGGCGCACUGUUGGUCCGGCCCAGGGACUCCAGCAAAGGGUCUGACCUGGACCUGUCUGGCAGUGACCAGGAGUCAGGGGUGGGCGACCUAAACUGCCGACUGUCCAGUGGCAGCGAGUCGCUACCAAGUGAGGACAUCAUCAAGAACCCAGAUUUGGCUGAAGCAAUCUAUUCUGUUGCCUAAAUCCACUGUAUGAAUGGUGAAGUUGGUGUGGCGUAUUUCUGCAAUCAUUUUCAAUGGCCAGCACAGUAACAGGCCAUUUGAAUUGUUCAAUAUUAUUUCAAGGUAUAGUAAAAUAUCAUUGUGAUCUGUGUUGGUAAUGUUAAUUAAAGGUUCCUCAUGUUAACGGUUCUGCACACUGACCAGUGCAUGUUCCACAAUUAAAUUAUAUGCAAAUA